AUGUUUUCCAUGGCUGCUGUAUUCGAUAUUGAAUUGCCUGAUCAAAAAUCAAUUGAUGAUGAUGAAAUGGAACAGGAUGCUCAGGAAUAUCGAAAUGUCGCUGAUGGAGAAAUCUCAGAUCCACCACCUAGUUCUUCAUAUAUAUCAGAUCCGAAUGUGGAAACUCUUGAUAUAGAUGAAUCAUUGGUGAAUCCUCCAGAUGGUAAUCGCGUUGGUCCAGAAAGUUUUAGACUGCUGAAAGUUCUUGGAAAAGGUGGUUACGGCAAGGUUUUUCAAGUGAGGAAGAUUGGUGGAAAAGAUUCAGGAAAAAUAUUUGCAAUGAAAGUAUUGAAAAAAGCGACAAUAAUUAGGAGCCAAAAAGAUACAGCUCAUACUAAAGCAGAAAGGAAUAUUCUUGAAGCAGUUAAGGUUUCUCUUUCAUUCUCUUAUUCUGUGCGACUUGAAUGGAAUAUUAAUAUAAAUAUAACGUAA